AUGGACUGGUCAGCACUACCUUCAACAUCGUGGGUUUGUGUCGAGAUGAAAGCUGUGCCUUGGAAUCCGGCUGACAUGAAUUCCGUGCAAGGAACAUACGCGAUAUUAUCGCAAAGUCAUUUCAGUCCAAAACGUACAGUCGCUGGCUCGAGCGGUAUUGGUGUCGUAUCAGAGAUGACUGCAUCGAAAGACAACCGUUUUGCAGUGGGGGAUUGGGUCACUGUUGCUCAACCAGGACUCGGAACAAUGCGAAGCUCGGUUUGGGCCCCUGCCAGUAGUUGGAUCAAAAUAUCUCGUGGUUCCGAGCUUUUCGAGAAACACGGAGACGGGAUUUCCACGAUUUUCCAACUCGGUGGUACUGCUUUACGAAUGCUGAGAGACUUCCAAGUCUUGCGACCCGGAGACUGCGUUAUUCAAAACGCGGGCAAUUCAGGUGUUGGUUGGAUGGCAAGCCAACUAGCUGCCGCUCACGACGUGUCCAUGGUGAGCCUUGUACGACGAGGGACCCGCUCAGCCGAGAAGGAAGAUUUAUGUGAUCAGGCCUCAUUGCAGGAUUUUCGAAGGGAGCUACAACUGGUGUCUCAUCGACCACGGGUUCUGGCAUUGAAUGCUGUCGGAGGCGACAGCGCAGGAAAACUUGUAAAGCUACUUGACAGGCACGGGACGCUGGUCACUUAUGGCGGUAUGUCGAUGAAACCGUUGUCAAUCAGUGCAGGUCAUCUAAUUUUUCAAGACAUUAAAGUCGUUGGGUAUUGGAAUAGCCGCUGGAUGCUGCAGCAUUCGCUCAGCCAGCAACAGGCGAUGACAGAUGAAUUGGUUGACCUU